CUAAAUCCUAAAAUAAAACUUGCAUUGACGCAUAGGUUGUUAAAUUGCUGAUUAAUUGCUGUAAAAUAAUAUUUCUUGUAACUUUAGUCGUAAAACAAUAAUUGGACUUUAAAUUCAAUAAUAAACUUUAAAUAAAGAUAAACGUUCCAAGGUAUUAUCAAGGCAAUGGAACAGUUACAAAAGCAUUUGACGAAAAUUCGCGUACCAUGCGAUAAUGUACCCAUCUAUAAAGAUGAAUGUGUCUAUUCAUAUGAUACCCCGGAAACUCCGACUGGACUUUAUGUGAGUUUAAGUAGCUUUCUUGGCUUUGGUGAAGCAUAUGUCAAACGAUAUGCUGAAAAGACUGGAAAUGCAGUGUUCUUGCAUAUACAACGGAUUAAGACUCCCAAAGAAAGUACGGGCAGUGCAUGCGCUGAAGAAGGUGGGCCAGAGCGUAAAAUAACCCGAUUGGCUAUAGGCGUUGAGGGUGGUUAUAAUGAGGCAAUUGAAAAGAAAUUUGAAAUUAAGGACACUUUUAGUAUUGUGGUAAUGCCAGACAUUGAAAAGAAAUUGCCAUUCCCCGAUGAGCAAUUGCCUCUGCUUAUAACACAGUCGGUUGGGGCGGUGCUGGCACAGGAUUCAGCUUUGGCUCAAUUAGAAAAGAAAACACUAACAGGUACUUGGGAUGGCGAGGUACGACAAGUCUCCAAGUAUUCAGAUACCUUAAUUCAGCUAGAUAAUGGCAAAAAAAUACCGCCUUCAGGUUGGAAAUGCGAAAAAUGUGACUUAACAAACAACUUAUGGUUGAACCUAACUGAUGGUUCCAUACUUUGUGGACGUAAAUUUUUCGACGGUUCCGGUGGCAAUGAUCAUGCUGUGGAGUACUACCAAGAAAAAGGCUAUCCGUUGGCUGUUAAAUUGGGCACCAUUACUGCCGACGGUAAAUCUGAUGUUUUCUCAUAUCCAGAAGAUGACAUGGUUAUCGAUACAAAUCUGGAAAAACAUCUCACUCACUUCGGUAUAAAUAUGGCCGCCAUGAAAAAGAGUGAAAAAUCGAUGGUGGAAUUGGAGAUAGAAAUUAAUCAACGCAUUGGUGAAUGGUCCCUACUUACAGAAAGCGAUAGUGAGCUACAGCCACUAGCUGGUCAAGGUUACACGGGUAUGCGUAAUCUCGGCAAUUCGUGUUACAUCAACAGUGUAAUGCAGGUAAUAUUUACGCUGCCUGAUUUCAUCAAGCGAUACGUAGGACAGGGUGCUGAAAAAUAUUUCAACGCAUUUCCAUCAGACCCUGCAAAUGACUUCAACAUACAAAUGGCCAAGCUGGGAAAUGGCCUGUGGUCAGGGAAAUAUAGUAGCAUUUCGGAGAACUCGCUGGAUUCGGAGUGUACUGGUAUUUCGCCAACUAUGUUCAAAAACGUAAUUGGCAAAAAUCAUCCUGACUUUAGUACAAAGCAGCAGCAGGAUGCUUAUGAUUUUUAUUUACAUCUUAUCAAUAUAAUCGAACGAAACUCUCGUGGUGAAGCCAACCCAGUAGAAGCACUCACAAUCAAUUUGGAAGACCGUGUAGAGUGCAUGACUAGUAAAAAGGUAAAGUACACACACCGCAAUGACUAUUGCUUGCCCUUGGAAAUACCAUUGGAAAAAGCCACAAACUUAGACGAAGUCAAAGAAUAUUUGGAACGUAAAGCCGCAGAUGGUAAAAAUAAUAUCAGUGACAAAAACGUAGUGAGACACAAAGUGCCCCUACUAGCUUGUUUAGAACGUUUUUUCGCACCUGAAUUGCUUGAUCAAUUCUACUCAUCCGCUGCAAACUGUAUGACCACCGCCAAAAAGACCACACGACUUGAAAACAUGCCAGAUUUCCUGAUGUUGCAUUUGCGUAAGUUUACACUUGGCUCCGAUUGGGUACCAAAGAAGUUGGAUGUGUCGGUUGAUAUGCCAGACGAAUUAGAUCUCAGCAACUGGAAAGCCACGGGAAUGCAGCCGAAUGAGCAACCUCUACCUGAAACAGAAGACAAGCCAAAAUUUUCAUUUGAUGAAAAUUUAAUGGGCGAGCUGAUGCAAAUGGGAUUCCCUCUUGAAGCUUGCAAACGAGCGGUGUUUCACACCAAAAACAUUAGUCUAGAAGCAGCUUCAAAUUGGUUGAUGGAGCAUAUAGGCGAUGCGGAUAUAUCGGAGCCGUUUACUCUGCCUGUUGAUGGCAUUGGCGAUAGUAAAGCAAUUGAGUUUAUUGCUAAUCCUGAUAGUGUAGCUAUGCUAAUGAGCAUGGGUUUUGAGGAACGUCAGGCAACUAAGGCAUUGAAAGCUACCGAUGGCAACAUUGAGCGGGCAACAGAUUGGAUUUUCUCACAUGCCGACGAUAUGGACAUAGAUGAAACCCCACAAAGUCAUGCUGACGCUGAUACUGGUGUUGGAGAGCAGAGAACGUACCGCAAUGGUGUAGGCAAAUAUAAGCUCGUUGCCUUUAUCUCACAUAUGGGCACAUCGGCCCAAGUUGGACAUUACGUGUGCCACAUACAAAAGGAUGGACGAUGGGUGAUCUUCAACGAUAGUAAAGUAGCUCUUUCACAAAAUCCACCAAAAGAUCUUGGUUAUUUAUAUUUAUAUAAACGAUAUGAGUAACUUGGCAAAGUAGAUUUGGUUAGUUAAAAUAUGCGCAUUUCAAAUGAACUUGCCUUUAUUUCAAUAUUGAAUUCUUAAAGUAUAACACCUAGUUUUAAAUGCAAAGAACUGAAAAAUUUUAAUACUUCAAGAAAUAUAGCUUAUCGUCGGAAUUAAAUUAUGCCGUGAAGAAUAAAAUUUCAAUCGAGUAAAUUUA